AUGUAUGCAUUGAUAUCCGAUUUGAAAGGGAAAGACGCGCUGAGAAAUAGCGAGUAUCGCGAUCAGCGAUUCAAGAAAGAUCGAAACUGGCCUAGCAGUUUACAGGGAUCUGACCGUGAGCAGGCCCGACUUUUAGCCACCUCUACAACGCUUUAUGUUGGCAAUCUCUCCUACUAUACCACCGAAGAACAAGUAUAUGAAUUGUUCAGUCGCGCUGGUCGAAUUCGUCGUAUCAUAAUGGGUAUCGAUCGCUUC